UUCUCAUCUAUCGUUUCAGACACAUGCAUGACCACUUCACGAACCUCUACCCACAGCUGAUUAAGAACCCUUCUGUCAUGAAUAAAGUCCAGGAGUUUUUAACGAAGCAAGAUCAGUGGACCCGGAAUAACAGCAAAUAUUACAAAGAUGACCCAUUUUGGAGACACACGGGCUAUGUUAUGGCUCAGAUGGAUGGGCUGUAUGUAGGGGCAAUGAAGAGGGCUGCAUUAGAGGGAACAAAGCCUUUAACACUGUUCCAGAUUCAGUUCCUGAAUGCUGUUGGAGAUCUGUUGGACCUGAUCCCUUCAUUUUCUCCCACAAAGAACUCCAGCCUGAAUUCUUCUAAGAGAUGGGACAUGGGACACUGCUCUGCUCUUAUUAAGGUUCUUCCUGGAUUUGAGAACAUCUUUUUUGCUCACUCAAGCUGGUACACGUAUGCAGCCAUGCUCAGGAUAUACAAACACUGGGACUUCAACAUCAUUGAUAAAGACACAAGCAGCAGUUUCCUCUCUUUCAGCAGUUACCCAGGGUUUUUGGAGUCUCUGGAUGACUUUUACAUUCUUAACAGUGGUUUGGUAUUGCUGCAGACCACAAACAGCGUGUAUAAUAAGACCCUAUUGAAGCAGGUGGUACCCCAGUCUCUCCUGGCCUGGCAGAGAGUCCGGGUGGCCAAUAUGAUGGCACGAGAUGGCAAGCAGUGGGCAGAGAUCUUUUCAAAAUACAAUUCUGGCACCUAUAACAAUCAGUACAUGGUCCUGGACCUAAAGAAGGUAAAUCUGAACUAUGGCCUUGGCAAAGGCACUCUGUACAUUGUGGAGCAAAUUCCUACAUAUAUAGAAUAUUCUGAACAGACCGAUGUUCUCCGGAGAGGAUAUUGGCCCUCCUACAACAUUCCUUUCCAUGAAAAAAUCUACAACUGGAGCGGCUAUCCGCUGUUAGCCAAGAAGCUGGGUUUGGAAUACUCUUACGACCUGUCUUCACGAGCCAAAAUCUUCCGGCGUGACCAAGGGGAAGUGACUGAUAUGGCAUCCAUGAAAUAUAUCAUGCGAUACAACAACUACAUGAAGGAGCCUUACAGUAGGGGUGAUCCCUGCAACACCAUCUGCUGCCGGCAGGACCUGAGCUCCCGCAACCCGAGUCCUGGAGGUUGCUAUGACACCAAGGUGGCAGACAUCUACCUAGCUUCUCAGUCCACGGCCCAUGCCAUCAGUGGGCCCACAGCUGAAGAUGGCCUCCCCGUUUUUCACUGGAACCGCUUCAACAAAACCCUGCAUCGGGGCAUGCCAGAGGUCUACAACUUUGAUUUUAUUACCAUGAAACCAAUUUUGUAACUUGACAUAAAAUGAAGGAGGGAGAUGAGGGAACAGAAGGGAACAGGAGGCUGCAAGUGAGAUACCAAAGGUACUAUUUCAGCUAUGUUUUUCCAUUCAGAAUUAGUCUUAAUAAAAUAUAUUAAAUUCAGUCUA